UCACGUGUUCAGACCCGGAAGUGCAGAGAACACGCUGCCGCGCUUGGAGCUGCUGUUUCGAUCCGGAUCAGUGUGCGUCAGUUUGGACCGGUUCUGUAUCGAUCCGGAUCAGUGUGCGUCAGUUUGGACCGGUUCUGUAUCGAUCCGGAUCAGUGUGCGUCAGUUUGGACCGGUUCUGUAUCGAUCCGGUUCUGGGUCUCAGCGUUGGUCAACGGAGGUCGUUGACGUCAUGUCGGCGGUCGGUUCCGUACCGGGACAGUUUGAUGACGCAGAGGAGGAGCGCGACCAAUCAGAGCUGUCGGCUGUGCAGAGCCAGAUGAGUGAUGUCACAGUGCUGCCUUCAUCAGAGUGGGACGAGGAGGAGGAGGAGGAGGAGGAGGAGGAGGAUGAUGAAGAGUGGGCGUGGUGUUCAGCUGGAGGAGAUCUGACUAAAAGAUACAACAGGACAAGUCUCAACUGUCAGUCUAACAGACAGAAUCCAUCCAAUAAGAAUCUGCCUUCAACUCCGUCUGAUAAAGCUCUGAGGAAGUACGAACACAAGAUCAAUCUGGAUAAACUGAAUUAUGCUGACUCAGUGAUCAAUAAAGUCACGACGAUGCAGAAACAGAAGGAAGCUGACACGUACAGAGUGAAGGACAAGUCAGAUCGAGCCACCGUCGAACAGGUUUUAGAUCCGCGGACGAGAAUGAUUCUCUUCAAGAUGUUGAGUCGAGGUGCGAUCAGUGAGAUCAACGGCUGCAUCAGUACGGGGAAGGAGGCCAAUGUUUACCACGCCAGCACGUCAGGCGGCGACAGCAGAGCCAUCAAGAUCUACAAGACGUCCAUCCUGCUGUUCAAAGACCGCGACAAAUACGUCAGCGGAGAGUUCAGGUUCCGUCAUGGUUACUGUAAAGGAAACCCUCGGAAGAUGGUGAGAACCUGGGCAGAGAAGGAGAUGAGGAACCUUAUCAGGCUGCAGACGGCAGGAAUCCCAAGUCCAGAACCGCUUCUGCUCAGAAGUCAUGUUCUGCUGAUGAGUUUCAUCGGAAAAGAAAACAUGCCGGCCCCUCUGCUGAAGAACGCGUUGUUGUCGGAGUCAAAGGCCCGUGAGCUCUACAUGCAGGUUCUCCAGCACAUGAGGAAGAUGUUCCAGGAGGCUCGACUUGUCCACGCUGACCUCAGCGAAUUUAACAUGCUAUAUCACAACGGAGACGCUUACAUAAUCGACGUGUCCCAGUCAGUGGAGCACGACCAUCCUCAUGCUCUGGAGUUCCUUAGGAAGGACUGCAGCAAUGUCAACGAGUUCUUUGUGAAGCGCGGUGUGGCAGUGAUGACGGUCAGAGAGCUGUUUGACUUCAUCACCGACCCGUCAAUCACCUGCCACAACAUGGACCAGUACCUGGAGAAGGCGAUGGUGAUCGCAGCUGAGAGGACGGCGGAGCAGCGAACAGAUCAGGACCGAGUAGAUGAGGAGGUGUUUAAGAAGGCCUACAUCCCUCGUACUCUGACAGAGGUCAGCCACUACGAGCGAGACAUCGACCUGAUGAAGUUGAAGGAAGAGGAGUCAGCCAUCAGCGGACAUAACGACAAUGUUCUGUAUCAGACACUGACUGGACUGAAGAAGGAUCUCUCUGGAGUUCAAAUGGUUCCUGCUCUCCUGGAGGACGACCAGUCUUCAUCAGAGGAGGAGGAGGAGGACGAGGAGGAGGAGGAGGACAAUCAGCAGGAGCAGAGUGAGGAUGUCUCCAUGGACAAAAAGGAGAAGAAGAAGAUCGUGAAAGAAGCUCAGAGAGAAAAAAGAAAAAACAAAGUCCCGAAACACGUGAAGAAGAGGAAGGAGAAAGUGUCCAAGAUGAAGAAAGGAAGAUGAUGACUUCCUGUUUGUCAGUGUGGACUUCCUGUUUGUCACAAUGUCAUUAAUCUUCAGUAAACAUGAAAACCGGACUGAGCACAGGGACCUGAACUGCUCCUGUUUCUGACCAAUCACAGCUCGUCAGCUUUUUACUGAUGUUUCAAACAGA